UCUUUGAUGUACUCCGACGCCUUUCGAAUAAUUAGAUCAUGAAAAAAAUUAAUAAUAUCAUUGAUUUAGAACCGUUUUUGUCAUUUUCGAGUAUCUAUUUCGUGAAAAUAACCAAAGUUCAAAUUGAAGAAUUCGAUUCUUCUUUAUUGGCCAUUUUGUAAAUAGACUUUCAUGUUAUGUUGUAAUUAAUUUUCCUUAUUUUAUAAAGUGUGUUGUGUUUUCAAUGGAGGAACUUUCCUCCAAAAUCGAACAUUUCUGAGGUUUCUCUUUUUGAUUUUUCCAUCUUGGUUUUUUUGACUGAUUAUCGAAUUGGUAUACUUUUAAACUUGGUGCAUCGCUUUGCGAAUUGUUUAGAAUGGGAAUGUCAGGUUCAAGAGAUUCUUCGCACAUAGUGCGUUUCAAUGAUUCUGGCAUAAUAGAAUCGAUUAACGAAGAAAAUGAACUGUCAGACGUCGCCGAAGUGUUGAACUAUCUGAUUCUGAGUGGUCAGUUGAAUAUUUUGAUGUCUCGAGAACAAUGGCUGAGGACGUUUUAUGACUUUGAAGAAAGCGAAGAAGAAGAAUAUGAUUAUCCUGCUGCUCCAAUACCACCCCCUCGCAUUAAUACUCCUUUAAAUGCUGCAAAUUUGAAUAAAAGUGAUAUUAAAACCAUCACCGAACGAUCCUGCGGAUUAAGACAGAAACGCAGUUUAUCACGGCCAAGGAAUAUCGUUGAUAUGUUGAAUAUGCAGAAGAAUGGCAUGCCUGGAAGUGGUAAUUUUACUCAUGGUGAUAUGUGCAAGAUAACGAACUACCGAGUACCUUGUCAUUUAGUGAAAGAUGUUGAUAGAUAUAACACUAAAGCAUUCAUAAGCGUAUUUUCGGACGAUGGUAACAAAUUACUUACCGUUAGUCAAGAUCGUAAUUUACAUUUAUAUGAUUCCUCUGCUCCGCUGUACACUCCAAUAAAACAAGAAAAAGGCAAAGAUAUAGACUGGAGUAUUUUAGACGCUGCAUUUACGCCUGAUGGUGCAACUGUCAUCUUUUCUAGUUGGUCUAACAAUAUUCACGCAUGGCGUAUCAAUGACGAUAGUGAUCAAGCUGGAAGUGCUCAAGAUAAACUGAUCAUCGACGUCGAAGAAUCACGAUUUGCUUGUUUUUCUGUUGCUGUUUCAUAUGACGGUAGUUACGCCUUGGCUGGUGCUAAUGAUGGCUGUAUUUAUAUGUAUGAUAGACACUCCGAUAAAAGGACAUUAAGGUUGCAAGCUCACGAAGAAGACGUCAAUGCUGUUAGAUUCGGUAGCUACGGUGAUGAUGUCAUACUAAGUGGCAGCGACGAUGGCCUAAUCAAGGUAUGGGAUCGCAGAGUAAUAAACACAAAUAAUCCGAAAGCCGUUGGCAUGUUUUCCGGUCAUCGAGACGGUAUCGCUUAUUUAGACAUGAAAGGCGACGGUAGACAUUUUAUUUCCAAUUCAAAAGAUCAAACUAUCAAGUUAUGGGAUAUGCGUAAAUUCUCGAGUACAAAAGAAGAAAGUCGUACCAGAGAGGCGUUAUGCGUACCUGAUUGGGAUUACCGCUGGCAACCCGUACCUAAAAAACUCAAAUGUAAAAGUCCAUUACCCGAAGACACGUCUGUGAUGACUUAUCGCGGUCAUGCUGUGCUUCAAACUCUGAUCAGAGCCAAAUUCUCUCCAACGAGAACGACCGGCCAGAGAUACAUUUAUACCGGCUGCGCUAGUGGACGACUAGUUGUAUACGACUUAUUGACUGGCAAAAUAGAGAAAGUAUUCAAAGGACAUGAAGCUAAUGUUCGUGACGUUUCGUGGCAUCCGUAUCGAUCUGAAAUCGUUACAGCUUCGUGGGACUGCCGCGUAAAAUUAUGGAACAGCGCACCUGCGAUGGUAGAUGAAAACGACGACGAAAUUCCAAUUAAAAGGGUCCGCCGAAGUGCUCGCAUAGCGGCUCGUCAACGGGACGCUGAAACAAAAUCCAAGAUUAUCUGUGUAUCCGAUGAAGGCGCUGGACCAUCGUCGAUUUAAAUCGCACCACAUAUUUUAGUAUCAUUGUCGCAACACGAAUUUCUGCGACCAUUACAACAUUUCUGCGAACUGGUUCAGUUUUUUAUUAUUCAUUUUGCGUUUUGUUUGUUUUCUCUUCAGUUGAAAUUUUUAACGAAUGAAUUUUUACGCAGAAGUUACCGAAUUCUUUUGUUGAUUUUUUUUCUAAAUUUUUCACCUAAUUAGUGGAAUUGUGUAUAGUUGAAUCAAAAGCAAAAUAUCGAAUUAUCAAGGUAAUGGUAUUUUGAUAUCUUUUGAUAGACAAAACAAAACGUUGACUUUUGUAUUUUAUCUGCUAAUCAUCAGUGUUCUUAUAAUAAGGUAGAUGCAUAAUACGCAGAUAUCAAAUUGUAAAUUGCGCUCGACGAAGUUCAUUAUUGUGGAUAAUUUAUGUAAUAUACGAACUCCUAAGUUCUAUUUAAAUAGUUUUAUUAUUUUUAAGUUGAAAAAUGUAAAAAAUAUAUUACACUUUGUUACAAGUU